AUGGGCGCGCUUAUAGGCAGCAAGAAUAGCGGGUCCGGACUUGCUCUUCAUGAGUUUGACGUGGAUGGCAUUGCUGUCGUAAUUGUAAAGAACAAGCAUGUUGUUGUGGCCAAGAUUGAGGUGCCAGAGGCCAGUGUGGGGGGAGCGGGCACCAGAGAGCAGCAGGGUAUCAUGGCAAUGAAUGUCAAGGCGAGUGGCCGAGAAGGUUGCCGUGCAGCCGUCAUCGCACAGUUGUCCGAUGGAGAGGAGCGGAUGGGAAGCGAGCCCAGGAAAAAUGUGGGCUUGGCAGGCUGCGGGGGAGAAACCAGGAAGGGCCAGGGUGGCAAUGUGGCUCGAGCGAAGGACGGCGCCGUUCGGGACACGGACGGCUAG